CGGCUCCACCCCCCGGCCCCGCGGUCCUCCCGCCGAGCCCGCGCCUCCCAGUUCCCGGAGCCCGGAGGGGGCUCGAGGCGGCGGGGCUGGUCGGCUGGGUUCCGGGCUGGGGAGCCGCAGAGCGGCGGAGCGCACGGCAGACCGCAGCCUGGGCCCGCCGAACCAUGGCGGCCCCGGAGCCAGCUCCAAGGCGGGGCCGGGAGAGGGAGCGGGAGCGGGAGGACGAGAGCGAAGACGAGAGCGACAUCCUGGAAGAGAGCCCGUGCGGCCGCUGGCAGAAGCGGCGGGAGCAGGUGAACCAAGGGAAUAUGCCUGGGAUCCAGAGCACCUUUCUGGCCAUGGACACGGAGGAGGGGGUAGAAGUAGUGUGGAAUGAGCUGCACUUUGGUGACAGGAAGGCUUUCGCAGCCCAUGAGGAGAAGAUCCAAACUAUGUUUGAGCAGCUGGCGCUAGUGGAUCACCCCAACAUCGUCAAGCUGCACAAGUACUGGUUGGACUCCUCGGAGGCCCGAGCGAGGGUCAUCUUCAUCACAGAGUACGUGUCGUCGGGCAGCCUCAAGCAAUUUCUGAAAAAGACCAAGAAAAACCACAAGGCCAUGAGCACCCGGGCCUGGAAGCGCUGGUGCACGCAGAUCCUGUCUGCACUCAGCUUUCUGCACGCCUGCAACCCCCCCAUCAUCCACGGGAACUUGACCAGUGACACCAUCUUCAUUCAGCACAAUGGCCUCAUCAAGAUCGGCUCCGUGUGGUACCGCAUCUUCUCCAUAGAGCUUCCGGAUGAUCUCCGGAGCCCCAUCCGCACUGAGCGCCAGGAACUGCGGAACCUGCACUUCUUCCCACCAGAGUACGGCGAGGUUGCAGAUGGCACUGCAGUGGACAUCUUCUCCUUUGGGAUGUGUGCACUGGAGAUGGCUGUGCUGGAGAUCCAGGCUAAUGGAGACACCCGAGUCACAGAAGAGGCCAUUGCUCGAGCCAGGCACUCACUGAGUGACCCCAACAUGCGGGAGUUCAUCCUUUCCUGUCUGGCCCGGGACCCUGCCCACCGGCCUUCUGCCCACAACCUCCUUUUCCACCGCGUGCUCUUCGAGGUGCACUCACUGAAGCUAUUGGCAGCCCACUGCUUCAUCCAGAACCAGUACCUCAUGCCUGAGAAUGUAGUGGAGGAAAAGACCAAGGCAAUGGACUUGCAUGCCGUCUUGGCAGAGAUCCCCCGGGCCCACCAGCCUGCGAUGCAGUGGCGGUACUCAGAGGUCUCCUUCUUGGAGCUGGACAAAUUCCUGGAAGAUGUCAGGAAUGGGAUCUACCCACUGAUGAAUUUUGCUGUCGCUCGGCCCCUGGGGCUUCCCCGUGUGUUGGCUCCACCCCCUGAGGAGGCCCAGAAGGCCAAGACUCCAACGCCAGAACCCUUUGAUUCAGAGACCAGAAAGGUAAUCCAGAUGCAGUGCAACCUGGAGAGGGGUGAAGACAAGGCGCGCUGGCAUCUCACACUGCUUCUGGUGCUGGAGGACCGGCUGCACCGGCAGCUGACCUAUGACCUGCUACCAACCGAUAGUGCCCAGGACCUCGCAGCUGAACUUGUGCACUACGGCUUCCUGCAUGAGGAUGACCGCACAAAGCUGGCUGCCUUCUUGGAAACCACCUUCCUCAAGUACCAAAGGACCCAGUCCUGACCUUUCCAACCCUGGAGGCCCAGCCCAGGUGCUGCCGGCUCAGGGUGAGCCACAUGGGGAAGAGUCCAGCACUGCUGGAGCUGUCCUCACCAGCAUGCCUGAAAGCUGAUGAACACCAGCCUGCUAGUGAGGACCCCCAACCUUCCCUAGCAGUGUGGGCCCUGGCAUGGUGGUGGGGCCAGUGAGGGGUUAAGGGAGCCUGGGUGGGGUGGAAGGUGGGGGUUAUCCCUGAACAAAUCUCUGCCAAGGGAAUGGUUCCAUGUGGUCAGGGUGAGCAGCCAUCCCUAGAUGGUACCACAACCAGGCCAGGAGCCUGGAACUCAAACCAUGUUGGAGCCCUAAGGGUGUCAGACACAGCACUAGGCACCAGAGAUGGCUGGAGCCAGCUGAACAAACAGAGGGUAGAGGGCCUGGAGUUGAGGCCAUGGUCUGCAAAACCUCUGGUCCCAUGCAGAACCACCCUGGAUCACCCCCUUUGGCCUUCCACUCACUCUGAGACUAGGACCUGUGCCCCCACCCCCAUAACCCCUCCAAGGGGCUGUUUGUCUCCUGUGUUCCCUGGCCUGGAAGGGUCAGAGGUCAGCAAUCUACCACACCCUUAUCCUGGGACAGCUCCUUCUGGAGCCCUGAGGAUGUGCAUUCCUGGCUCCUUAUCUCUCUCCCACUCAAUUACUGUUUCAAUUUUGGACAUUUCAAUACCCUGGUGGAUUCUAUACAUACACACACCCCCAAUCCCCUGCCCUGGUCUCUUAAGUUGUAUAUAUAAAUUUAAUACAUCAGGUUUCUUAUUAAGCAUUUCAAAUGUCAAAACAGGAAAGGUCUCUACUGUUACUAGUUCUAGUAUAUUGCCACUGUAAAAUUUAUCACAAAAUUGGUGGCUCAAAAUCAAAUUUAUUAUAAUUUGUCACAAUAGGUCAGAAGUCUGAUAUGGGACUAAAGGGGCUGGCAGGCUUCAUUUCUUUCUAGGCGACUUAGGGGAGAAUCCAUUUUCUACUCAUUUGGGCAAUUGGCAGACUUAUUCACUUCCUUGUAAUACUAGGGCUGAGGUCCCCAUUUUCUUGCUGGGCGUCAACUGAAGACCAUUCUCAGCUUCUAGGGGCUGCCUACAUCCUUUGGCUCUCUCUCCACCUUCAAGGUCAGCAGUAGCAGGCCAAAUCUUUGUCUUAAGUCAGCUGGUUGUCUGCUGCCAGAAAAGUUCUACAUAAGGACUCCUGUGAUUAGGGUGGGUCCAUUUUGAAAAUCCGAGAUGAUCACCUUAAAGUCUGUAAGAUUAAACACAUCUGCAAAGUACUUUCUGCCAUGUAAACUAAUACUCACUGGCUCCUGUGGUUAGAGAAUGGACAUCAUGAGGGUAGUGAGAUUUUGCCUAGAAUACCAUCCUAACCAAAAGCCAAAAACCAAAACAAAACUGCCAAGGGAUAUCAAAUAAAUUAAACGAACAAUUAUAGUGAAUCUCAAGUUAUCUUAAACAUUCCAAUACUAUUUACAACAUUUUUAAAAAUUUCAUACCUUUCAACUUAAAAUGCCGAUUUCAAAUAACUUACACAGUCUAGGAGGGAAUUCUAUUUAGCUGUCUGAUUGUGCAUGGUCAUGUUGAGUGGCAAAUACAUAACAGAUUGUACCAGUGAUUAAAAUGAACUUAAGAGCAUCAAUACUACAGUCUGCAUUUAA